AUGUUAUUAAUAUCAGUGUUUGUUUUUAUAACUGUAAGUGUAUUAUAUUUGGUAAUUUGUGAAAUUUUGCGAAUUAGAAGAUUAUACAGAAAAACAGCUGAUAUACCCGGACCAUUAAAUUAUCCAUUAAUUGGAAGUGGAUAUAUUUUUCUUGGCUCUAAUACAUAUCUCUUUAAUAAUUUUUUAGAACUCAUGAAAUUUUAUGGUUCACCAACAAGAAUUUCAUUUGGUCCAAGAAUGUGGGUCUUUAUUAAAAAUCCAGAACAAAUAAAAACUGUUCUUCGCAAUAACAAUACUGUCGAAAAAGAUAAUAUUUAUCAUAUCCUUAAACUUGGACUAGGAAAAGGAUUGGUGACAUCUGAACAUAAAAUAUGGCGUGUACAUCGAAAAAUACUUCAACCCACAUUAUCCACUCAAAUUGUCAAAUCAUUUAUGUCAAUUUUUCAAAAAAAUGCACUUCUUUUAACAGAAGCUGUAGAAACAAAUAUAGAAUGCCAGGAAUUUGAAUUGUCUCCCUAUAUAUUGAAAACCAAUUUUUUAAAUACUCUUGAAAGUGUUUUGGGACUAUCAUUGGAAAGUGAAAGCAGUAAUAAUGUUGACAACUAUUUAAAUAACAUUAACAGAUUGAUGGUGUUAGCUUUCGAAAGAAUUAAAAAAGUAUGGUUACAUGCACAUAUCACUUUUCUAAUCAGUCCAAUGGGAAUGACUGCAAUGAAAUGUCUAAAACAUAUAAACAAUUAUACUGACAAUCUUAUUGAAAAAAAGAGAAAACAUAUGCAAAAUACUUCAGUUGAUUACUAUGAAGAUACAUCCGUAAAGAAAGUGAAACCAACAUUGGAAUUUAUGAUACAAUUGGCAGACAAUGAAAGUAAAUUUUCAAAAGAUGAACUUCGUGAACAUGCAUUGACGUUCAUUACUGGAUCUUAUGAUACAUCAACGCGAGCUCUUGGUUUUAUAUUUUUGAUGCUUGCUUCUCAUCCUGACGUACAGAAUCGAGUGUAUGAAGAAAUUUUUAACAUUUAUGGUGACGAUAAUGUAGAAUGUAAUCCUGUUCAAUAUGAGGAUUUACAAAAACUAAUUUACUUAGAAAGAGUAAUUAAAGAAACUUUGAGACUUUUUCCAUCACUACCACUUAUUGGACGUGAAGCAACAGAGGAUUUUGAUUUAGAUGGAUAUUUGAUACCAAAACAUUGUGGUAUAGUUGUUAAUAUAUUUGCUCUUCAUCGAGAUGAAAAAAUUUGGCCAAAUCCAUUAAAAUUUGAUCCAGACAGAUUUUUACCAGAUGCAAUUAAUCAACAACAUCCUUGUGAUUAUAUUCCAUUUAGUUAUGGAUCUAGAAAUUGUAUAGGUCGUGUAUAUGGUAUGAUGUCAAUGAAAAUAAUUAUUGUGACUUUUUUACGUAAAUAUAUUGUUAAAAAGGAUAAUAUUUUGCCGGUAGAGGAUAUUAAAGUACAAAUGGAUAUUUUACUUCAAUCCACUGAUCCAAUUAAAGUACGAAUUGAAAAAAGAGAAAAAUUCGUUAAUAAAGAAAUAUGUCAAACAUAUUUAUGAAUAAUGAAGUAUUGAAAUUAGAAAGAAAUUUUUAUGCUUUGAAUGU